AUGGUGCGCCUUCCCGCACCGUUGCGCGUCGCGCCGCCGCCGCGAAGGCUAACCCACCACCAGCUUCAUCCGCUGCUGCUGGUCACCGCUGUGGCCUUCCGCUCGCUCGCCGCCGCGCAGACUCCGCCUGACAUCGUCUUCUCGAACAUCACCCGCUCGCCAGCCAAUUCGAACAUCACCAUCUCGUACAAGUCGCCCGAUCCGGGAACAUGCACCACCGUCUUCGACUCGCAGAAGCAGUACUCCGGCUACAUCAGCCUCCCGCCGUACACAUUAGCCCCAAUCCAGCAGAACUAUUCGAUCAACACCUUCUUCUGGUUCAUAGAAGCCCGCGAGCAGCCCGAGUCGGCUCCGCUCACUGUCUGGUUGAAUGGCGGCCCCGGUAGCAGCAGCAUGAUCGGCCUUUUCGAGGAAUCGGGCCCUUGUGAGAUUGUGCAAAUGUCCGAUGGCUCCUACGGCACCCAGUCCAGGGUCUGGGGCUGGGACAGGAGCUCAAAUAUGCUCUACGUCGAUCAGCCCAACCUCGUCGGCCUCUCCUACGAUGAUGUGACCCCAGCCUCGCAUGACUUGCUGACCGACAGCAUUAAUUAUCCCCCUGCGGCUGUUCCAAAUGGGCAGCCGUCCUGGUCCUACCUCAACGGCUCCUUUGGCACCGGCAAGAACUAUGCCACUGCAAACACCACUGAAAUUGCGGCGCAUGCUGUCUGGCAUUUUCUUCAGGCUUUUCUAGGCACUUUCCCCCAGUACAAUCCAGGAGUCGGCUCGGACAGCUCUUCUGUCGAAGCGGCGGGCAUCAAUCUCUUCGCCGAGAGUUACGGUGGCCAGUAUGGACCUACAUUUGCACGGCUGUUUGAAGAGCAAAAUAACAAACGAGAUAACGGCACCAUCUCAUCAAACGAUACUGUUGAGAUUAAACUCGCUUCUCUCGGCAUCAUUAAUGGGUUCAUUGACAUGAUGAUACAAGCGCCUUACUAUGCUUAUUUCGGUAACAACAACACGUACGACAUCGAGUUGCUCGACACCACCGCUAAACUCAAUAUGCUUUAUGCCUUCAACAAGCCAGACGGGUGUUCCGAGCAGGUCAAGGCUUGCCGGAAUGUGUCUAGUCUCUACGACCCAGAAGGUGAGGGUGACGUAACCAACGUGAAUGAAGCCUGUUCCUCCGCCGUUGUCGCCUGUAACGAGCUGCCAGCCUCGUACAGCAAGUCCGGACGCAGCUUGUACGACAUUCGACAAGAGCUUCCCGAUGUCAUUCCCUCGGGCGACUACAUGGAGUAUUUAAACUACGCCAGCGUACAGCAGAGUAUAGGAGCCCGUAUCAACUACACCGAAAGCAAUGCCAAUGUGCAGAAGGAAUUCAUCGCAACUGGUGAUAGCAUCCGCGGCAACCAACUUGAAGACCUCGCCUAUCUGCUUUCAAGCGGCGUUCGUGUUGCCAUCAUCAAUGGCGAUGCAGAUUACCUCUGUAACUGGCUCGGUGGCGAGGCUGUAUCCCUGCAGCUGGCCUCUUCCGUGCCUUCAUAUGCGAGUGCAUUCCAAGCGGCGGGCUAUGCGGAUAUCAUUGUAAACAGCAGCUACGUCGGCGGCGCGGUCCGCCAAUUCAGCAACCUGUCAUUCUCACGUAUCUAUGACGCCGGCCACAUGGUACCGGCCUACCAGCCCGAGACCGCCUUCACCCUGUUCACCCGCAUCAUCGAAGGCAUGGAUCUGGGAACCGGCAAGCCCAUCAAGGACAUCAACACCUUCUACACCCAAGGGCCCAAGAACGCCACCCACACCAACUCGGCCUCGUCCAGCACCGCCUCGCCGACGUGCUGGAUCCGCAAGAUCAACGACAGCUGCUCGUCGGACCAGAUCGCCGACAUCAAGCAAGGCGGCGGCGUCGUGCUCAACGGCAUGUGGUUCGAGGACGACGACGACUUCGACCCGCCCGCGUCGAGCGUCCUCGCGGGCAAGCCGGGCACCCCGCUGCCCAGCGCCAGCAUCAGCGCCAGCGUCGUCACCAGCAAAGGCAGCACCGGCGGCGUCGAGAGCAGCACCGUCGUCCCGACCGGCGUGUACGUCGCCACGGCCACCCCGACGAGCACCGGUGCGGCGAAGCCGCAGGUCACACGUUUCGCGGGUGCAGGCGUAGCGGCUGUUGUGGCGGUUGCGGCAGGGUUGGUGCUUUGA